AUGGACGGGGAAAGGGCCCUUUAUACCCGUCAAAACGAUCAUGAUCCAAGCGGUAUCAUUGAAAACCUUUCCGACCACAUUAGCUUGUAUGGACCCAAGUGCAAGUACGCCAUCCGCGGCGCGCCCAUACCCAAAUUUCCCUCGAGUAUGUUUGGGUGGAUUCCCCAGGUGUUCCGAACAGACAUUGACGAUGUGUUGCGCGCGUCGGGCACCGAUGCGGCAGUGUUUCUGUGCUUUUUGCAAAUGAUGCGCUGGCUUUUCACAGUGCUUGCAGUGCUGCUUUGUGUUGUUCUUGUCCCGGUGGAUAUUGUAUACAAUGUACAGCACAGCAGGGACACGCAGAAAAAAGGCGCCUCGCUGCACGAUACUACACAGCCCCACACAGACGACCUUUUAAUGGACGUCACGAUCAAUGACGUGGAUGGAAGUUUGCUUUGGGCACAUGUAGCGCUGAGCUACCUUGCUACAUUGGUUGCACUCGCGUUUGUCUACUUGUACUACAAAAAAGUGAUUCAGUUACGGCAGGCAUUUUUUGCUUCGCCAGCGUACGAGUCCAAUUACUACUCGCGGGCAUUGAUGAUUACAGAAGUUCCGAAAGCGUACCAAGUCGAUGAAUCUUUUACUCAGGCGCUGAACAGCCUCUCGAUUCCCUACCCAUUUUCCGAAACACAGCUCGGCUAUUCCAUGCACAACCUUCCUAUGCUGUGCGAAGAACAGCAUACGCUUGUUGUGAAAUUGGAAUCGUAUUUGAACACCUACGUGCAGAGCAAGCGAAAACGACGGCCUCGCGCGCGCAUUGAUGGCCACUGUUUUAACAUUUUUGGCGGCCAAGUGGUCGAUGCGAUUGAUUACUAUGGCGAGAAACUGCGCCACGUUGAAGAUGAGAUUGUGCGUGUACGUUCCGAUACGACGGUGGGUGAGCCCAUGUCGUAUGGAUUUGCUUCCCUUGCUGCAGUGCCAUAUGCACACGCUGUAGCACGCACAUUCAAAAAUAAACGCGCGCGGGGUUUGCGCAUUCGUCUAGCGUGCUCGCCGCACGACAUUAUUUGGAAAAACUUGUCCAUGGGCAAGGCAGAACGGAUCCGCACUGCAGCGCUAGGACGGGCGUACUUGGUGCUGCUUUUUUUGGCGGAUCUCAUUCCGCUGCUUGUCGCCGCCGCAAUCAGCAACUUAAACUCCCUCGCUGUAUCGGUCCCAUUUCUGCGUUCAUGGGAGCAAGCAAACCAAUUUUCUUUUGCCGCCGUUUCGGGCAUUCUCCCCGCGCUCAUUUCUGGCGGCGUAGCGCUCUUCAUUCCUCAUGCGAUGCGCUCUAUCGCCAUUUUUCGAGGCGUACGCACACGCGAGUCGAGAUAUGUUGCAUUGGUGAGCCAGUACUUUGGAUUCUUGAUGCUCGCGCAGUUCCUUUUUUUUUCCCUCAUCUCCGUCAUUCUUGACGUGGCCGUUUUUGUGCUCACACAAGCGCACAGGCACAAAAGUGUCGGAGCAAUUUUUUCCGAUCUUGUGCCUACCAUUUUGCGUCGCAUCGAGUACCGUUUCACAGGCGAGUUUGGCUACUGGCUCACGAUUGUGGCUCUCAAGGCAUACUACCAAAUCUUUGAGCUGGCGCAAGUAUCUCGUCUUUUCUUUGUGUGGGUACAUAAGCACUUUAAAAAGCGUACCUACCGCGAGCUCUGGCUUUUUGCCAAGCCUCCCUCAUUUAAUUACUGGAUCCAGUAUGCCGAACUUCUUUUUGUCGCUUCCAUUGGCAUGAUUUACGCGCCGCUCGCGCCCAUUCUUCUGGCGUUUGUCGCGGCUGUUUUUUGGAUCGCCUCGUUUGUGUACAAGUAUCAGUUUGUUUACGUGUACGUAUCCAAGACGGAAAUGGGCGGACGUUUGUGGAGUAUCGUCGUGAAUCGGUUCUUGAUUGUGCUUGGAUUCAUGCAGGUAAUCAUUGGCAUCGCUGUAGGCUUUAAGCAGUCCUGGGUCAAGGCUGUGGCAUGCGUUCCGCCCGUGCUGUUUGUCAUUGCAUUCCGUCUGUACUGCCACUUUCAGCUGGAGCCGAAAUUUCUCUGGUACGACCCAGCACCCAUGGAACUUGCACGCUUGCAAACCCCUAUCAAAGGAUCGGACAAGGAGCGCCUUGCGCGGCAAUUUGGUCAUCCAUUUCUUCACGAUCCACUUUGGACGCCUGUGGUGUACAGCGACAUGCUGCUAGCGUCGCGCAGUGCGUACACGGGCAGAGUACAAAGCGACUAUGAUUUCAUCGAGCAGCACCGCACUGCACGGAAAAAGUAUUCGCGCAGCGAUUCUUCUGCGAGCAGCCCAGCUUUCUUGCCGCCGUGCUCCAGCGAUGCGCAAUUCAUUGCGUCAGUGCCUGCAUCGAUCUUUGGCGCGGACGCGUCUGGUGACGCUCGUAGCGACACGUUCGAGCUUUGGCACGAGUCCAAAGGCACGGCACCAGCGCACAGCGACGAAACGGUGGACAUGUACCCAAUGUCAGAGUACUACAAAGAAUGGAAUGACAGUGUGCCGGGCCUCGCGGGGCCGACACAGCAGGACGAAUCUGCUUAUCCCAUGCCUCAGUUUAUGCGCGACGCCUUGCAUCGGCCAUACCAGCAAGUGUCGCCGGGGCACCAUGUUGCCCAGCGCGACUUUGCAGAAUCGCGAGCAUUGCCGAACGACAAUCGUGCUGUAUCGUCGUGCUCCAGUUUGCACGACGAGCAUGACCCAUACCUUGCAUUCCCCCAUGAGCCGACAAGUACAGCAGGCUCCGAUAUUAUCUCUUUGUACGGCGCUGAGAGUGCCGGUCAUUCCUUUUUGCACUGCCCCAUGGACACCCCCUAUGACAGCCGAGGCUCUGCAGGAGACAAGCAGCCCGUACUUUUCUGA